AUGGAGUCGAGAAGAACUGUUAUUCUUCCCGACAUGUUCAAAGGUUUCGUGGUGGAGACUCCGCCUAUGAAUCCCAACUAUGAAACAGUCAAGCCCAUAUCCGAGCAGUGGCUUGCAGAGAAAUGUUCCUUCUCACCUCGAAUGAAGAAGAGGGUCGAGUUCUGCGACUUUGCCAUCUUUAUCUCUAUCGCUGCUCCUGAUGCUCCAUUCGACAAGCUCAAGACGAUGUGUGAUUGGGGGAACUGGGUCUUCCCUUUCGAUGAUAUGUUUGAUGAAGGAUCAUUAAAGUCUGACCCGAAACGGUCGCAAGUCGUCAUUGAUAGUCUCAUGGCAGAUAUGCUAGACAAGACUUAUACCAGCCCAAAGAGCGCUGUAGUCCAGGCCCAUGACGACAUUUUCCGACGAGUCUCAGAGGCCUCGACUGUUGGCAAGUUUCGCCAAGUCAAUCUUGACGUGGACUUUACUAACAGUUUUAGUAUUCCUAGUAUCCAGGAGAUGCUUGAUACGAGACGGUUGUCGUCGGGAGUGACGCCUUUGUAUCAUCUGAUUGAGUAUGCUCACGAUAUCAAGUUGCCAGAUGAAGUGUUCGAAAACCCCAUUGUCCAGAAAUUAGAGCUUCUUGGUGCAGACUUUGUCUUGCUAUCCAAUGACAUUUUGUCCUACCGGAAGGAAGAGAAUGACGACUGCCCUUUUAGCAUGGUAGCAGCUUGUCGAAUGACCGGCCAAUCUCCACAAGAGGCAUUCGAUACAGUCGGGAAUCUUCUGGAGGAAAGAUACCAAGAUUGGCAGAGCGCAAUUGAACAAUUGCCAAGUUGGGGACCCGAGAUUGACGCGAAUGUCGCUCGCUACAUCCAAGGCAUUCAAAAUGUAGUGCAAGCCAACAUCACGUGGAGGUACGAGAUUCCUACCAGACCGCCGAUCAAAUGCUUACAUGCGACAGCUUCCGAUCGGGGAGAUAUUUUGGGAAACAAGCUCCCGAAAUUCGACGGACGAGAAUGA